GGCGCGCUCGGUGAUGUGUUACUUUCUCUCGGUGCCUCGUCCGUGUCGACGAUCGACGCCGACGCGGGGACGGAGGACGAGCACGAAAUCUUCAGCGCCAACACGUUCGAGGAGCAGGCGAGCGACAAGACGAAGGCGCGCGUUUGGGCGAAGUGCCACGUGACGGCGUACUUUGAAGAUCACGCGCGAGCGCGCGCGGGAAUCGAGGCGGCGGAAGAAAUUUUGGGGAUUUCGUUGGAAGCGUCGUACGCGGAGUCGAAAUCAAACGAUUGGGUGCAGGCGGUGAAGGAUAGCUUUACGCCGACGAAAAUCGCGGACGGGCUGUACAUCGUGCCGGAUUGGUGUAAAGACGUCGAUGCGAACGCUGUGAACAUCGCGCUGGAGCCGGGCAUCGCGUUCGGUACCGGUGAACAUCCGACGACGCGGUUGUGCCUGCGCUGGCUGAAACAGACUUUGGCGAGGCGAGGGAAGACCGAGCUCGUGGUCGAUUUCGGAUGCGGCUCGGGCGUACUCGCGAUCGGAGCGCUCGUCAUGGGGGCCGACCGCGCGGUGGGCGUGGAUUUGGCGAAACAAGCCGUGCAGAGUUCUAUCGACAACGCCAAGUUGAAUGGUGUGGAGGAUCGCUUGACGACGUAUCUUGGCGACGGACGCGAUCCCGGAACUCCGGGCGCGAACGGGCAGGCGGACGUCGUCGUCGCGAAUAUUUUAAUCGGCCCCGUGCUCGAGUUGGAGCCACUCUUCGCGGGGUACUGUAAAGUCGGUGGCGAAAUCGCGUUGAGUGGGAUUUUAUACGGUGAGCAGAGCGCAUCUGUCGUGGCAAAGUACGCGCGUCAUUUCGACAAUAUUUGCGUCGUCGAGGAAGGUGGGUGGGCGUGCGUGCACGGCGUACGA